CCGAGUCCACGCCUUCUUCACCCAAUCACUGCUGCGUCCGCGCUCACCCCAGACAGACACAAACGGCACAACUGGUAAGGAUUUUCCAUGGCGACAGUCUCUCCAUCUACACACUUCACCAUUCUCCUUCUGUUGCUUCAUGUCCUGAGUGCAUCACCUGUCACUCAAGAUGACCUCGUAAUCACUACGAAGCACGGUAAAGUUCAAGGGAAGUUGGUUUCAGUGCUGGGCGGUAAUGUUAGAGCAUUUCUCGGAGUUCCUUAUGGAAAACCACCUCUGGGAAAACUGAGAUUCAGAGCUCCAGAGCCAGCAGAGAGAUGGGACGGGGUGAGAGACGCCACCAGAUUCCCAAAUUCCUGCUUCCAGUUGCCAGAUAAGGCCUUUCCAGGGUUCAAAGGUGCAGAGAUGUGGAACCCAAACACUCCUCUGAGUGAGGACUGUCUCUACCUGAACGUCUGGUCCCCACAUUUCAAUAAAACCCAGCCUCAGCCCGCACCACUGGCUCCUGUCCUCGUCUGGAUCUACGGAGGGGCGUUCACUGCAGGAACGUCCUCUUUGGACAUUUAUGACGGCCGCUUCCUGAGUAAAUCUGAGGGUGUUGUUGUAGUGUCAAUGAAUUACAGAGUUGGAGCUUUUGGUUUCCUGUCUCUUCCUGACAACAAGGACAUCCGAGGCAAUGCGGGUCUGCUGGACCAGCGCUUAGCCCUCCAGUGGGUGGCCAAUAAUAUUGCUGCUUUUGGAGGUGAUCCUUCCAAGGUGACUCUGUUUGGGGAGAGUGCUGGCUCAGGAUCUGUGGGCUUCCACCUGCUGUCUCCAGGUAGCCAUGGUCUUUUUCACAGGGCUGUGAUGGAGAGUGGCUCUCCCAAUGCACCCUGGGGCACACUCAGCCAAACUGAGUCCUGGGACAGGGCCCUGAGGCUGGCAUCAUCACUGAAGUGUCCCACGUCUCCUCCAGGUCAACUGGAAGCUUGUCUGCAGAAGGCUGAUCCUGACGAAAUCACACAAAAGCAAUAUAAUGCUCCCGCACAGCCUUCAAUCUUAGGCGUACUCUUUGUCCCUGUUGUUGAUGGGGACUUCCUACCAGAUAAACCUGAAGUGUUGCUGAGUAGCGGUAAGCUCCCAAAGAAAGAGGUGCUGCUUGGCUUAAACAAGGACGAAGGGACCUACUUCCUAAUUUAUGGAGUGCCUGGAUAUAACCUCAGUGGUCAGAGUCUCAUUACCAGAGAGCAGUUCCUUAAAGGAGUAGACCUUAUAAUGGAAGAAAAAAGUAACAUCACAAGGGAGGCGGCCAUUUUCCAGUACACUGAUUGGACAGAUGAGGAAAACAAGAUGAGAAACCGCGAUUUUCUGGGUAGUGUGGUUGGAGACCAGCAUUUCGUUUGUCCUGUGAUAGAGUUCGCUCAAAGGUACUCACAAGGAGGGGGUAAGACAUUCCUAUAUUUAUUUGACCACCGGUCCUCCGUCAAUCCAUGGCCAGGAUGGAUGGGUGUUAUGCACGGCUAUGAGAUUGAAUUUGUCUUUGGGAUGCCUCUAAAUGCAUCCCUAGGAUACACGAAGAAUGAAGUGAACAUGACUAAGAAGAUCAUGAAACACCUGGCCAACUUUGCCCGAACAGGGAAUCCAGGGAUUGAUGGAGCUAACUGGCCCGUUUUCACCCCUGAGAAGCAGGACUAUGUUACUCUGAACUACAACCCUCCGGAACACAAGACGAUGAUGAGAGCUCAAGAGUGUCGUCUCUGGAACAAAUUAUUACCAAAUGUACAGAGAGUCUCAGAUGAGCUCCAGUCCUGUAAUAAAGCAGGUGGGAUUAUACUCAACUGUAAUUACAAAUUCCUCCUUGUUUUACUGGUUACCUGUUUACUGCUUUAUUAGAGCGAAGAGACCUACCGUUCAUACAGUUUACAUAAAUAAGUAGUGGGCAGAAAGAAUUAACAAAACUACUACUAUUGUAAACUUUAUAUCUGAUUACUGCAUUUCUUGUCAAAUGAACUGAUUUUUGCCGUAUUGAAUCAGCGGCGGAAUAUGUUUAUCAAUAUUAUUGAACCUUUAUUACUAACAUGUAAGCAGUACUUUAAUGUUGAAGUUGGUCUGGGUAGAUAAUUCUAACAGCUUUGUAAUAAUGUCGGGUAUAUUAAUCUGUAACAAUGCAUCAUAUUUUAAAAACUAAUCACAUGUUUUCCAUGUUAAAACUUAAUCUGAGAAGCAACUAACACUACCUUACACUACUUUACACUCUGCCUUUUAGUGUAGUGUAAAGUAUGUAUUUAAAGUUUUUAUUUACAGAAUUUAAAGUCAACCAAAUACAACACUGGCGAAGGCAGGUACUGGCACUACACAAUGCACAACAACCAGACAGUGGCUAACCCAGCUACAGGUGCCAUUUUUUCCCACUUGUUCAUCUCUGUUCAAACUGGGCAUAUACAUAAUUGGUGUAAAUUUAUAUUUUUAAACAAUCCAAUUUUGGAACUUCCCUCCACUUUAGAAGAAUUUAGUUUUUCAUGUCUAGUAGACGACAUCAUACUAUCACAAAAACAAUCAGGGAUUAUUGCAGUCAUUAUUAAAGGCUUUGUAUUGAUCAUUAAAUAUGUGGAUAUAAGGUUGAUUAACACUGUGGUGUUAUUUAAAUCAA